CUCGGGGACUUCCUACACGCGCCGGCUUCCUGCACCGCUGGCAUUUAAACGCGUGCCUGGGGCUGCGGGAUGCCGCUUUGGAUGCGGAGUCGCCACCUACCCUGAACGCCUCUGGCAAGCGCGGAUCCCACUGCGCAGGAGCACAGCGGGCAAGGGCCGGGGAAGACCGGGACCCCGCGCCGACCUGGCAUCGAGCAAUUUAAUUGCAAGUUUGGUUUUAAUUGCCGAGGUUGCAAGCCUCUCCUCGCGGUCCAGAUCGUCUUCCUCUGCCAGGCCGGCACAGCUGCGGGGUGAAGCACAGGCUGGGCUGGGCUGGGUCCCAGCAGGCGAGCCAGCGCCCCGGCCAUGGUGCGGCUGAGCCUUGCGCUCCGGUGAGGCGAAGCGGCGGCUCCACUUCCCCGAGAGGCCUUUCCCACUGCAGCUGCCGCGAUGUUCAGCUGGCUGGGUACCGACGACCGCCGGAGGAAGGACCCGGAGGUCUUCCAGACGGUAAGCGACGGGCUCAAGAAACUCUAUAAAACCAAACUGCUGCCCCUGGAAGAGCAUUACCGCUUCCACGAGUUCCACUCGCCUGCCCUGGAGGAUGCUGAUUUCGACAACAAGCCCAUGGUCCUGCUGGUGGGCCAGUACUCCACCGGGAAGACCACCUUCAUCAGGUAUCUGCUGGAACAGGACUUCCCAGGCAUGAGGAUUGGGCCCGAGCCAACAACCGACUCCUUCAUAGCAGUGAUGCACGGGGACGUGGAAGGGAUCAUCCCUGGGAAUGCCCUGGUUGUGGAUCCCAAAAAGCCCUUCCGGAAACUCAACGCCUUUGGGAAUGCCUUCCUGAACAGGUUCGUGUGUGCCCAGCUGCCCAACGCCGUGCUGGAGAGCAUCAGUGUCAUCGACACUCCAGGAAUCCUGUCCGGGGAGAAGCAGAGGAUCAGCCGAGGGUAUGACUUUGCAGCAGUCCUGGAGUGGUUCGCAGAGCGGGUGGACCGCAUCAUCCUGCUCUUUGAUGCCCAUAAGCUGGACAUCUCUGAUGAGUUUUCGGAAGUCAUCAAGGCCCUCAAGAACCACGAGGACAAGAUGCGGGUGGUGCUGAACAAGGCCGACCAGAUUGAGACGCAGCAGUUGAUGCGGGUGUACGGAGCCCUCAUGUGGUCCCUGGGCAAGAUUGUGAACACUCCAGAGGUGAUCCGGGUCUACAUCGGCUCCUUCUGGUCCCACCCGCUCCUCAUCCCUGACAACCGGAAGCUCUUUGAAGCUGAGGAGCAGGACCUGUUCAGGGACAUCCAGAGCCUACCUCGAAACGCUGCCCUCCGCAAACUCAAUGACCUUAUCAAGAGAGCCAGAUUGGCCAAGGUCCAUGCCUACAUCAUCAGCUCUCUGAAGAAGGAGAUGCCCUCAGUGUUCGGGAAGGACAACAAGAAGAAGGAGCUGGUGAACAACCUGGCUGAGAUUUACGGCCGGAUCGAACGAGAGCACCAGAUCUCACCUGGGGACUUUCCCAACCUGAAGAGGAUGCAGGACCAGCUGCAGGCUCAAGACUUUAGCAAAUUCCAGCCACUGAAGAGCAAGCUGCUGGAGGUGGUGGAUGACAUGCUGGCGCAUGACAUCGCCCAGCUCAUGGUGCUGGUGCGCCAGGAGGAGACCCAGCGGCCCGUGCAGAUGGUGAAGGGCGGAGCUUUCGAGGGCACCUUGCAUGGCCCCUUCGGUCAUGGCUAUGGGGAGGGGGCAGGGGAGGGCAUCGAUGAUGCGGAGUGGGUGGUGGCCCGGGACAAGCCCAUGUACGAUGAGAUCUUCUACACCCUGUCCCCCGUGGAUGGCAAGAUCACAGGUGCUAAUGCCAAGAAGGAGAUGGUGCGCUCCAAGCUGCCCAACAGUGUGCUGGGCAAGAUCUGGAAGCUGGCAGACAUCGACAAGGACGGCAUGUUGGAUGAUGAGGAGUUCGCGCUGGCCAACCACCUCAUCAAGGUCAAGCUAGAAGGGCACGAGCUGCCCAGCGAGCUGCCCGCCCACCUCCUGCCACCCUCCAAGAGGAAGAUUGCAGAGUAAUGGGAGCAGGCCCAGCUGCAGAAAGGCAGUGUCAGAGGAGGGUGCGGCAGCAGGGACCACAUGGGCACACGCGUGCACACACACACUGACACACAUGCACACGCAUCUCGACAGCUGCACUGUAGAGGAGAAGGGAUAGCUGUGCCGAUAUCUCCAGGCUGAGCCUCAUUUGAAUACUGCUCCAAGUUCCCAGCAUUGGUACAGGACAGCCGCAGCCUAGCUCAGAGGGUACAAGCCUGUGUCUCCACCUCUGUGGCUGACCCACCUCCCACUUCCCAGAGACUCAGGGCAAUUCACUGCCCACCUGCCCACCCAAACCUAUUCCCCGGUGCCUUCAUACUUGGGCUCCAAGGAGAUGGGAAAGGCUUCUUGUUGAUUAGGUCAUUCAUUUUAUUUUCAGUUCACUCUUUUCUGUGCUUUUAUUUCUCCCUCUCUGCCUUCGUAAUAAGAAAUCUACUCAGGGGUUAGGAGACCUGAGAAAUGAAGGGCAGCAAGGCAGGAGAGCCGAGUUAGGACUCAGCCUCUGAGCAUUGCAUCCCAGUGCAGUUGAGGAGAUGUUGGCCUGGGCUGUGCACUCUAGUCUUUCUCAUCCUAAGGCUUUGAACCCUGUGUGCACUUCAUUUCAAACAAUCACCUGUAGGGAGAGAGAAGAGAGCAAAUCGGGAGGAAGGAGGAUGGAAGCCAUCUCUUGACCUUCUGCUAGAAACUCAUCCAAGCCAGUGCACGGAUUUGCUCAUGCUCAUAUUCUGCCCUGGCCUGUGCUGUCUGGGUGAUCAAACCUGACUCCAUUUCUUUGUCCCCUCCCACGUCCCAGGGGCUGGGCUAGCAGCUUUAUGCUAUACUCUCUGUGGGCCCCGGGGGAGAAUCUGUUAGUGUUCUAUUUUGCACAAGAGGACUUUGAGACACAGCAGAGUUUGUGACUUUUCUGAACUCACAGCAGUCACACGUAAUGGAGAAAGGCUGCAAAGGCAGGACCUCAGACCUACAGACUUGUCUGGGUAUGGCAGAGUGUGCAGGAUCCCAGCAUUGCCACCCACGGACAAGUCACAGAGAACAGAGGAGCGUAUGGGGCCCCCUCACAGCCACCCAGCACCAGCUGGCAAGGGAGAAGGACCAGCCAGCAUUGGGUGGGCCCUCAGUCUGGCCAUCUGUCACUUAAUAGAAGUAAACCGUGCCUUCUGGCUGCGCACCCCCAGUUCCCAGCAUCACAGAAGCCCCACCACCCAGCAGGAGAGUGGGUUGGUUGCUGGCUGCUCCAUGCUAGACCCAUGUGGCCUCCCACCAUGAGCCUGAACCAUCCCAGCUUAAAUGCAGCACCAGUUCUCAGCAGGCAGCACCUUGGUUGAUUCUCAGAAGGCCACUUGGAGAGGCCUGGAGUCUUCUUCCCUGGAGGGUCCCAGCGACUGCUACAUUCUUCACAAAUCCCCACCAUACUUGAUGUGCUACGCCCUCCUUCAUGGUCUCUCCCCAGCUUGCUCUGUGGCCACCAAUAGUCACUUUGUUGUGCCCUUGCUGAGAUGGAACAUGAAGCAAGUAUAACUUAUUUUAUAUCUGUGCUCAGACCAUAUAGAGAAUAUUCUGUGUAUCUAUGAUGUGCUUACUACUGCAGUGCGUUCGUCAUUAAUAUUCAUGUUAAUAUAGCACAUUUAUCCUUUGGUACCUGUUUGGCUACACAGCAUCUUU